AUGGACGACGCUUAUUCAAAUAGACCAACAUCUCCAAAAGAUAAGAAAACAACAAUAGAAUCAAUGAGGAAUGAGAAUAUGAAUUACAUAGAGUACAUAUAUAUAUUGAUUUUUAAGUUCAUCUGAUGUAGCUGUAGAAUAUUACAAAAAUUAGUAACUUAUACAAUUGAUUUUAGAACUGCUUCUGGUUUGGAUCGUUAUUUUUUAGAAAUUGAAGAUUGGCUAGAUGAAGAGAAAUCAUUGCAUUAAAACACUCCAUUAGUAUUGGAAGCAGAUGAUGGAAUUGGUAAAAAAACUCUGUUAGUUAAAUGGAUGGAAUAUCAUGCUAAAAAUAAAAAAGGAGUAAUAAUAAAAUUAAUCAUAGCGUUAUUAAGAUUAUAUCAUUCCUCAUUUUGCUACCUAAUCUGGCAAAAAUAGUAAUUAUUUCUUUGCAAUUUACCGAAUAUUAAUUAAAUUAAGAGAGACUCUCAAUAUCAAAUAAAAAGUAGAAUUAGUAGAAGAGAAGCUUCGUAGAUACUUUCAUUAUUGGUUAGAAAUAUGUAGUAGAGAAUUAGAAUAAUAAUUCUUAAAUGGAGCUAAAAUUAUUUAUGAUAAAGUAUUUCAUAUCUAAAUUAUAUUAGGUGAUAUUGAUAUUUGAAGGAAUAGAUAAUUUUAGAGAUAUGUUAGAUGUACAUAGAGAAGCUAAUGUUUCCUUUUGGUUACCUAAAUAUUUUCCAAAAAACAUUAAAGUUAUUGUAACUGCUGAGAAAAAUUCUAAUUCUAUGAGAAUACUCAAACCUUCUUGUCAUGUUAUUCCUAUUACAUGUGAUCCUAAAGUAAUUAAAACUAUGGUUAAUGGUCAUUUUGGAAAAUAAUCAUUUCUAGUAUUCUUAAUAUAUAUUAAUAUAGUCUGAUUAAAGAGUAUAAACAAUAUAAGAUUUAUUUAUUCAAUUAAAUUACAAAGUUAGAAAUUAACCACUCUUUGUAAGAAGUUUUAUGACAGUAUUUUUACCUUAUCCAACAGAUGGUCUAGUAGAACUUAAGGAUAUUGAUAUUGAUACUGUUGAAAACAUAUUAAAAGAAUUAAAUUUAUAGUAGAUUAAACAUUUUAGAACAGUUGAAGAAUUAUUUACAUUUUAAUUAAAAUUCUUUAGUGAAAGCUUUAUUUUUACUCCUAAAACACCUGAAUUAAAAUAAGAUCCAAAGUUUAUUUAACUAAUUACUGUUCUAGCUAUUACUUAAAAAGGAUUGACUUAUAAAGAAAUUCAAUCAGUUUGUGAAUUUGAAGAAAAAUAAUGGAAAUUAUUUUUACUUUUCUUUAAAAUAUUCCUUAUGAAACAUCGUGAAUUAUGGAUUAUUCAUAAUGAAAUAUUUAAAAAAUGUGUUAUUAAUUGUUAUCACAAUGAUAAAACAUUAUAAUUACAUGAUAAAAUUGCAGAAACAAUUGAUAAAUAUACUAAUAAUUCUAUUAGAAAAUUAGAAGAAGAAACAUUUCAUUUAUUUUCAGCUAAAAAUUAUUUCAAAUUAAAAGAAGUUAUAAGUAUUAUUGAAAAUUUCUUAUUAUUAUUCAAUCCUAAUAAUAAAUAUGAUCUUUGUAGAUAUUGGUAAAAACUAGAAGAAAAUGGAUUUGACCCUGUAUUAGAAUAUAAUAAAGCAGUAGAAGGUUUUCAAAUACAUUAUCAUCCAAGUGCAGAAGAUCUCUUUAGAAUUAUUAUUUAAGUUUCAAGAUUUCUUAAAGAAUUUGGAGAUUUUGAAACCAAAAAUACUCCUGUUUUUAGGCAUCCUCCUAUUAUUGGAGUCUUAUAAGAUUUAUAUGAUAUAGGAUUGUUAUAAGAAAUAUUGAAAUUAGAUUUAUAUUUUAAUAAAGAUCCAGAAUUAAAAUAAUUUGACCCUGCCAAACAUUUAAAAAGAGUUGCCAAAGCUAUUAAAAUACCAGCUCUUACUAAAAUGGAAUCAUAAAAUGUAGAAAUACAAUAAAAUAGAUAUGAAGUCAGAAAUCAUUAUUUAUCAUAAAUGAUUAAAACUAAUGAAACAGAACCUGAUGAAUAGGAAACCAUUUAAACAUUAGAUAUUGAAGAAUACAAAUAUUAAAUGUAAAAAAUACUAUAAAAAUUGUUAACAGACAAAAGAGAAUAAUUGUCUGGUGAAGAAGAGAUUACUGGUGAUAGAAUAUCAUCAGAUUAUUAUUAUAAAAGAUGGAUUUGGAUAUAAUUCCCUUGGGCAUGUUUAAGUAUUAGUAAAAAAUGUGAUUAUUCUAAAACUAUUAAACAUUGUUUCUCUUCUGCCACUGAUUAUAUGAGUGUUGAAGAAGAACAUGCUUAUACAAACUGUAAAUUCAAUAUUAUAUUAUUUAGCUGCUUUAAAAAUAGCUAUUGAAGCUAAAUUAAAGAAAAAAUUAAUGUAUGAAACUGAACCAGAAGAAUAAUAAUAAUCUAUUAUCUUGAUUCCUUAAACUAGUGUUUUAAAUCAGCCUUAACCUGUAAAACUUGAAUACACAUUUGAUAAUACAUAAGGCAGCAGAUUUGAUAGAAGUAAAGCUAUUCUACCAAGGAUUGAUAGUAUUAAUGCUUCAACAGUUAAUUAGUCUUAAGAAAAAUAUGAAAGAACAAUGUUUAUAACAUAAGAUUUUACUGAUUUAGAUACUCUUAAUUAAGAAUCUAAACAAAUUAAAAUACCUAUAGAAAAUAGACCAAAUGAUGGAUAAAAUACAGUUAAAUUAUUGGAUAAAUUUAAAUCAUAAAAAAGUAGAUUAAAAUCUUUUUAAUCAUCUUCACUUUCAUUAAAUGCAUAUUAAUAAACUGAGAUAUUUCCAAUUCUUAAAACAGAUAUAUAAAAACAUUCUUAAAAAUAAUUGCAUUUAUUAGAAUAAUAAGCAAAAUAAAUGAGAAAGAAAUUAGAUACAUUAACUUAUGAGAAUUUAAAAAUGGCAAAGAUACUUAAAUAAUAAAAAAUAAUAGAUUUUAAUAAAGGUUAUAUAAAGAAGGAAUUAUCUAAUUUAGAGGAAUUAAAAGAAACAAAGAUUGAACUUGAAAAAUAAUUAUAAGAGGCUGAAUAAUCAUAUAAAACAAGUAGUAUUUAAAAAGUAAGAGUAAUUACUAUUUUGAAAAUAUGUAAGGAUAAUAAAUAAUAGAAUGAAGAAUAUAUUAGAGUAAUUAAUAAUUAAUUUAUUUUAAGCAUUUAUAAUAAUUGAUUAAUAAUUUUAAGAAACUAAUUAGAUUUGAAGAAGUAGAAAUCUCAAAAAAUAAAUAACAAAUAAAAACACUUUAUAGAACAAUAGAUGAUUUUUUAAUGACUUAUAAUCAAAAAAAGAAACAUUAAGGAAAUUUAAUUAAUUAAAUUAGGAAUUCUUUAUUAGAAAAAAAAAAUUUAGAUCAUCUUUUUUAAUCAGGUAUUCAUACUCUAUUAUUAAUUUAUUAGCUGAUGCUUAUAUUUAGGAUUCAGCUUUAGAGUCAGUUUAAAAUUUAAGAAGAAAUUAGGCAAAAUAAAAUGAUCUAUAAUAAAAUAAGAAAUUCAAAUAAUAAUAGGAAAAAAAUACUAAAAAUAUUCAUGAAAAACUAGAAUAAUUUGAGAAAAAAUAUGCUUAAAUUAAAGGAAUAUUUGAUAUAAAAGAAUAAAAUUAUAGUCAUUCAAAUAAUUUUCUUGAUUUUAUGGCAAAUAUUGAAAAAAAAAGUGAAUUAGAAAUAUAGUUAUCAGAAUAACAAUAAAAUUUGGAAACUGCAAAAUAAAAGAAAAUUAAAUUAGAAGAAGAAUUAUAAACAUUUUAAAAUGCUUAUUAAAUGAAUAAAUCUUAGAGUUUAUCUAAUAUUGAAGUAACUGAUAACUGUAAAUUAUUAUUAAUAUUAUCAGAAAAUGUUGAAAAAUAAGAAAAUAAUAUAUAAGUAUAAGCAGAUUAUUUAAGAAAAAUAAGGGAUUACAAAGUUAAAUGUUACUCUUCUUAUGAUUCCUUAUUUACUAAAUUUUCUAGUAAAGAUGAUCAAUAAGUAUAAUUUAAUAAUAAUAUUAAGUUACUAAAUGCUAUAAAAAUAAGAAAAUAGAGAAUUAUUGAAAAUGAAGGACAAGAAGCAUUUACAAAAAUCUUGGAUAAUUCAUAUGAUAUGGAUAAAAUAUAUAAGAAACUUGUUCCAUAUGAAAAUGUGUUAAAUUUAAGUUAGAGUUCUGAAUCAGAUCAUGAAAUGUGA